UACGUCGUUUUAUUUUUAUUGUUAUGUGAUUUGUUUUCUACUAGUACAUUGAACCUUUUUAUCUAAAAAAAAUUAGAAUAACAUGCGUUUUAGUCAAAUAUUACGCUUUCAUUUAUCCAGCAAUAAAUGGUCCGUGAAACAACAGUAUGUGCCUAAACAUAAUCCGGUGUUGGAGGAGGAUAUCAAACGCCUACAGGAUUUUUUGAUGUCUAAGUCCAAUAUAGUUGUGUUAACUGGCGCUGGAAUAUCAACAGAGUCUGUGUAUACACCGACAGGCAUACCUGACUACCGCUCUGAGGGCGUAGGACUUUAUGCACGCACUAAUCAUAAACCCAUACAACACAUGGAAUUUGUACGCUUUGCUAACGUACGUCAACGUUAUUGGGCACGGAAUUUUGUUGGUUGGCCAAGCUUUUCGUCUACAGAGCCCAAUCAUACACAUCAUGCAGUGGCACGCUUCGAACGCGAAGGGCGCAUACAAUCGGUUGUAACGCAGAAUGUCGACCGAUUGCACACGAAGGCUGGCAGCAAGAAUGUAAUCGAAUUACAUGGUAGUGGUUAUGUGGUGAAAUGUUUAUCAUGCGAAUAUCGCAUCGAUCGGCAUGAGUUUCAGGAUAUAUUAAACAGUUUAAAUCCGGAAUUUCGUGAUGCACCAGAUAUGAUACGCCCAGAUGGCGAUGUGGAAAUACCAGCCGAGUACGUUACCAACUUUCGCAUACCACAAUGCCCGGAGUGCAGCGGACAUCUGAAACCCGAGAUUGUGUUCUUUGGAGAUAAUGUGCCAAAGUUGCGUGUGGAGCAGAUCGCGAAAAUGAUUUACAAUAGCGAUGGGCUGUUAGUACUCGGUUCCAGUUUGCUUGUGUUUUCAGGAUAUCGUAUGGUACUGCAAACAAAGGACCUUAAUCUGCCAGUUGCAAUUGUAAAUAUUGGCGAGACGCGCGCUGAUCACUUGGCGGACUUAAAGCUGUCUGCUAAAUGUGGUGAUGUGUUACCAAAGUUGUUUAACUUUAAAAAAUAAAUGUUUAUUAUUUUGCUGUAAAAAAAUGUAUGUAUAUAACAUAGA